GGCCCGUUAAUAGUAUUGUUGGCGGGAAAACCCUUUUUUGUGUAAUUGCCACCUCACAGAAGUAAACCCCUUUGGCGGUGGUGGUUGGUGGUGCAAUGAUGUUGAAACGACGUCGCGAAGAAAGUGAUUCCGAUGGAGCCGAAGAUACGUACAAGACUGUUUUCAUAGACACCAACCUUGAUACUCACUUGGCUCUAAUUGUCUCCCAUUCCGAUACUAUCUCCGAUCUCAAAAAAAAGAUCACGGUCGAACAUUUAAGGUGCUUUCCUGAAAUGAGGGAGUUGAAGAUUUCUUCUGUGAAGGUGAAACGGAAAGGACAUUACUAUCAUCUGUCUGACACUCUGCUUGUUAGAGGCGUUUUUGAGGGUAUGAAAAACGGCUGGUUCCUUUCUGUUGAUGCUUCUAGAUUUCAAUGCAGUGGAAAUGACCAAGGGGUACUUUGUAUCACCUAUCCGCAAACUGAAGCUGAAAAUCUUCUCACCAGUGAUUCGUUCAAAGCCACGGAUAAACAGAAGGUUUUUGAUACUACUGAAUCUUACCCAGCUCAUGGAAACUUGGCAUCUAGCUCCAUUGUGAAACAGAAGGAAGUUGCCAAGGUCAUUGGUGAAUUCAAGAGUGUGAAGCCCAUGGAUAAUUCACAGGAGUUUUCUCCCAGAUCUGGUCCUGUGGCUAAGAAACGUAAAUUGAAGCACAAAGAAGAUGUAGUCAACCUCCCGGUAACAGAUACCCACACUUCAAAGCAUGGGAUAGAUAAUAAUUCUGAAUUUAAGAUUGUUGGAAAUGAUAUUGCGUCGAUAAAUUCUAAUGAAGGAGAACGGGGGAAUAUAAACAUGAAAUUGGAAGAUUUUAGUGCUGAACCUUUAAAAAACCAACCUUCUGAUCCAACUAAGGUGUCAGAAGUGGGAAAGAAGAAAAGCAGGAUGGGUGGGGCAAGUGCUGAAAUCUCUGGUGUGCAGGAACAUGGAAAUAGGAACAAUGAUACGCUUGAUGAAACAUCACAGUCUGGGACUGUUGCGAAUAAAGUUAAAAUUUUGGGUAGCAAGGAAAGCAGUCGAAGUUCCACCGAGUUCAAUCACAGGGAUGUCUUGAAGAUCCCAAUUCCUGAGAACUCCACAGCAGGUAAACCAAUAAAGGCAGCUUUAGCAGAAACGGUGGGGGACCAAUCUGUGAGAACAGAUACUGCCCAUAAGAAGAAGAAAAAGAAGAAGGGAAAGAACUCAUCCACGCUCCAUGAUGAGGUUGCCUGCAUGGUUCUGGCUAACUCUGAUAAAUUUGAGGGAACUAGGGGGUUAGAGCAAAUGGAAGGAGUUGAAAUGAAGAUCUUUGACAAGUUGACUGAUCUUGACUCUACUAGUCAUGUUACUCAAUAUAGACUGAAAGAAACAUCUCCCGUUAAAGAUCAUGCGUCAAAUAAAGAAUCUGGUAACCAUGAACUUGGAACUGAUGUUGCUCAUACAACUGGAGAACAAGAGGAGCUGAGACCGAACUGUGAUUUUGAAAUGCCCGUGAGUGAGAAGUUGCGCGAUGCAAGUACCAGGGAUCCAGCAGAACAUAACUUUGGGAAGAAGAGAAGCAGAUCCAAGAAGUCAACUCCUCAUCACGAGUUAGAUAAGAAAAAUAUUAUUGCGCCAAAACCUGAUGUAGAGAAGCAGGCUUCUCAAAAUGCUUAUGCUUCUGACCGAGAUAUAGUCCGUCAUGAUGGUUCAAUUGAUGCAACUACAAAGGUUGAAAAUAUUGUGCCAAAAACUGAUAUAGAUCAUGUAAAUGAAAUAGGGAAAGAAGGCAAGUUGUCAGCUACUCAAGGUGCUGAGAUAUCCCUUCCUUCAGAUAACAAUGAAGCAACUGGGGCAACUAAAGAACAGAUUCUCUCAGCCAAAAAGGCAUUGGAUGACAAGGGGAACAUAUCUGGAAAUGCUAGCAGCACGAAGCGGAAAAAAAAAAGUCGCAGGAAAUCUGCUGAAAAGAUUCCUGAUAAAUUAGAUGUAGAGGAUGACAGGAGGGUGAACUGUGCCUCUUUAGCUGCUGGUAUUAGACCUAUAACUGGUCCUUUAACUGAGCAGAGUAAGAAAGGUGAAAUUUCAUUUGAUGCUAGAAUGCUGCAGAUUAGUCUAACAAAAAAGAAAGAGGUUUCCUCUUAUAUUAAUGAUGUUUCAUGUGCCCCUUCAGAGAUGAUUGAUCCUCCUGCUAAUCAUUCUGUUCAAGGGUCUAAUCAAGAUAAAAAUGCAUUGUCUGCCAGUAAAAGAGAGCGGGCAUCAGAACAAGAGUCUAAGAGUGCAUGUGCUGCAGGUUCUCAUCAACAAGUUGAGAAGGUAACCUGCACUAAGAAAGAGCUUCUGCCCAUUGAGGAAAAGGGAAAUGAGGCUGAGCAUUUGCUGCUUAACCAGACUGAUAAAAAUCAGGAAACUGUGAGCAUUGUAGAAAAGAGACUGAAAACAAAAACCAAAAAGAGCCAAAGUUCUAAGAAGAGCAAAUCCAUUUUGACUAUUCAAGACCAAGAAGUCAGUCACAAAGAAUUAGCAGCUUCAAAUGAUAAUCUGAGAGAUGUGAACCCUCUGCCAGAGACAAUGGAGAUGGUCGAGUCAGGUAAAAAUAGUCACGUUGAUCAGUUGGCUUUUACCAAGUUGGAAAAUCUGAUAAAUUCUGGUAUUGAUUCCAACUCGGAGAGUUCUAGGAAAGAUGUCAGAAAUGCUGACUCGUUUCGAGUGCCAUCUCAUACUUUAGCUAAGGGUACAGUACAGGAGAUGCAUGAAUCCGAUGUGAAUACUGAUAAGAGCGAGGGCAUAAACUUCAAGCAAUAUUUUCUUCCUGGCCAACAUGGAGAAGUUGCAUCAAAGAAACCAACAAAGUCAAACAGAGAAACAAAAGCUGGCAGAAAAUUGAAGGACGGUAUGACUUCUAAAGGAACUUCAGAAGAUAUCUUGAGCUCGAGAAUUGAGGUGGCACUUCCGAGUCGCUCAAGUGCUCAGGGAGAUAAAACUCUUGAAGAAGCUGGAAAGCUUGCAACUUUUGAUGCUCCUGCUUACAUGAAGAAAAGUGAAGAAUCUAUGGACGAAUCUACGUCCAGCUCUAGCUCAAAAGGUUCUGACAGAUUCCCCGAGGACAAUAGACAGCAAACAGGUUCAGAAAUCCAAAGUUUGGUUACCAGAAAUCCAAAAAUGAGAACCGGAGACAUUGAGGAUCUUACACAACCUAAGAAAGGAUUGCUUCCUACACCAGGGCCGAAAUUUGUGGAUAGUAGAUCGAGAAGGUCUGACAGUAAGGGUGGUGGAAAAUCUGAUUCUUCGACUGAGACUCCAUCGGAUUAUUCAUCUUCUUCUGGCGACUCAGCUGAAGGAAGUGAAAUAAGUCAGGCUUCAACUCCAACUGGAGCUAAUGUUGCAAAACAAAAUGGUGCUGGUGCAAAGCUUAAGGCCAAAUCAAAUGAAUAUUCCAACAGCUUUUUAGGUGAUGACAUAAGCAUGGAUGUGAUUCUGAGAAGCUCUAGCCGUUUCAAGAAGGCUAAGGUUAUGGCUGCUCAAUGUCAAGAUGAAGAAAGUCAGCCUGUUGAUGUUGUCCCUGAUAGUCUAGCAGACACUCAGAAUCAGUAACUCUCUUCUCUUUGGUUGCUAGUGAAAUCCCCAAUUUUUGGUACACAAUCAUCUCUCCCCAGCACCCUUCACCUUUUCUUAAUCGUCUUGUCACCUGGGGCUUCUCCAAAGCAAUAAGAAAAUGAAAAAAGAACAAGGAGAAAAAUGUUUGUUGCCUGUAUGUAUUUACGUAUUAUGAUUAAAGGUUACUCAGAAGUACCGUGUGCACAGAUUUAUAUCUCGUGUGCAUGACGUGAUUUUGGUUCUCUUAUAUUGAAAUUUUGCCCGGUCUUGA